AUGAACAUCCGCAAUGCCCGGCCCGACGACCUGAUGAACAUGCAACACUGCAACCUGCUCUGCCUGCCCGAGAACUACCAGAUGAAGUACUACUUCUACCACGGCCUGUCAUGGCCGCAGCUCUCCUACAUCGCUGAGGACGAGGACGGCAAGAUAGUGGGCUAUGUCCUGGCCAAGAUGGAGGAGGACCCGGACGAUGUCCCCCACGGCCACAUCACCUCGCUGGCCGUGAAGCGCUCGCACCGGCGCCUCGGCCUGGCCCAGAAGCUGAUGGACCAGGCCUCCCGGGCGAUGAUCGAGAACUUCAGUGCCAAGUACGUGUCACUGCACGUCAGGAAGAGCAACAGGGCGGCCCUGCACCUGUACUCGAACACCCUCAACUUCCAGGUUAGUGAGGUGGAACCCAAGUACUAUGCCGAUGGGGAAGAUGCUUACGCCAUGAAACGGGAUCUCUCACAGAUGGCAGAUGAGCUGAGGAGGCAGCUGGUGCUGAAAAGGGGCAGAUAUGUGGUUCUGGGGCCCCAGGAGGACCAGGACAGCACACUUCCUGGUGCGGAAGAGGCCUGUCAGCCGGAGAACACCGAUGGCGAAGACAGUAGCAGCAACAGCACUGAUGCCCAGGACAGCUCAGAGGACUUGGAUUCCACCUCCUAG